AUGGAAGAUGGCAUAGAUCUAACCGAUGUUUGGAGUCCGGACGGUGUUGCCAGCACGUUCACAGAGAUUCUCAGCAAGCCCAGAGGGUUCCUGCAAGCCGAACUGUGCAACGUCUCCUUUGUCGGCAACACGGCCAAGAGUGGCGGCGCAGUGGCCGCCCUGCGCACAAAUUUGUUGUCCAUGUCUCGUGUCAAUUUCUCCGGGAAUGUGGGCGGCGACGGUGCGGCGCUGUACAUCGAAGCUGACGGGGAUCUGGACCCUCAGCAGUUUAGGGCGCCCAAUCAUUACGUCAGCGGCACCAGAGUGUCGUUCGUCAACAACUCGGCAACGAGGAACGGGGGAGCGGUGUUCCUUAGGGCCACCUGCGCUGGGGCAGGGCUCGAUCGGAUUGGCAUAUCCCCUGUCAACGUAUCUGUCCUCACGGAAGAAGGGCGCAACAACAAUGAGGAUGAUGUGUUUUUCGAAAAGAGCGAAUUCGUGAACAACAGCGCGCUGAAAUCUGGAGGCGCGUGGCGCGCGACGACAGGCAGGGCGGGCUGCAGGGACUGCCAGUUUGAGGGCAACUUUGUCAGCGAAGUUGGCGGCAUAGACGGGACAGGGGGGGCUCUUUCUCUCACAGACCAGGCGUCGUUCCAUGGAAGAGGGGUGACGUUCAGACGCAAUUCUGCCACCAACGGUUUGGGCUCCUUGCACGAGUCAGCAGCGCUCGCUUUCGGGGAAAUUUUGCAAGAGUCGGAGAGCGCCUUCAUGAACAAUGCUGCUGACAUGGCUGGAGGGGCCAUCUUCACCAACGCACCAGAGGCUCUCGAUGUGCUGUGCAAUUCUGACUUACGAGUGAUUGAGUCGUUGGGAAAUGACACCAGGACAAGUCGUCCUGGAGUGGAUGGCAUCCAAAGAGUACCGCCAGUGAGGGUGACAGACAGGCCUGACAUCUGUGGCCAGACCUGGUCGGGAAAUUCAGCUGCCAAGGAGGAUGGAGGCAACGUGUUGGCAACGACUGCUGUCAAGGCGAUGGUUUGCAAAGACUCGCCAAGAUCAUGCGUGAAUCAGGGAGGCACCAUAACGGUAGCUAACCACACGAGUGGUGGGGUCCUUGAGGCCAUCAGUGUUGAGCUCAUUGAUGCAUUUGGCCGCCCGGCAUUUGGCCAAUCCACAGUGCUUCUCCGGGCGACUACCAAUGAGACGGAUUCUACCCUGGGAGGCGCGGUCAUUGCCCAGAUUGGAGCCAAGUCGCGGCUCACGAGCAUUCGCCUGCAGGGGUCAGUGAACAGGACCCACAACUUCACGUUGUCAUUUGAUCCUGAGAUCUUGCCCAGCAUCAACAUUGAGGUUCACAUUCGAAGCUGCCUUGCAGGAGAAUUCUUGGAUAGCGGGAACGAGAUCUGCCUGCAGUGCCCAGAUGGACGGUACAGCUUUGGCCCUUCUCAGGGCUGCUUUGCGUGCCCGCCCAAUUCCGAUUGCAGGCCCUCGACAAUCACACCAAAGGAGCACUUUUGGCACUCGACCUCACAAUCGACGCAAGUACACGAAUGCAUACUGAAGGAGGCGUGCAAGUACAACGGCAGGGAUGCUGCUUUGAGGGCGGCCGCAAGGGAUGCACAUGCAAACGGCACGUUUCUGGUGUAUGAUGAUGAGAGAUACCAGCAAUGCAGACAGGGCCAUCGCGGAGUGCUAUGUGGUGCUUGCGACAGCGCUCACGGCAAAUCGAGAUCCGGGCAAUGCACGGCGUGUGGCGGCGCCGCAAAGGACAUCGUUCUGCCUGUCAUUCUGGUGCUGUGGUUUGCAUUCAUGUCUGCCAUCAUGUCAAGGAACGCUUUGGUGUCGGCCAAGAAAGCCAAUCGCGUUGCAUCCGCACCAAUCAACAGGAACUCGGCAUCAGGAUCUGAUGAAGGUGGAGCCAUGAAUGGGUUCAGUGGUGCAGGGAGCAGUUCCCUGCCGGGCAUCAUGGAUUCCCUGCACUUGUACAUAGGGGAGGGGAGACUCACCCCAGAGGGAGAGCUGGAUGUUGAGGAGGCCAGUGUGAGCCGCCGCGGACGACAGAUAAGUGAUGGGAGCUGCACAGCGGACGUCUUCAAGGUGCUCGUAAACUUCUUGCAGGUGACAGGAAUUGCCAUUUUCAUCAACGCGAGCUGGACGUCAUCUACACUCGGUGUGCUUGCAGGCGCAGAUUUCCUGGCUUCUGGCAGCCACGCACUCUUCUCUCUCGAAUGCGCCUUCCCUUCCACCAGCUCAAUCGAGCGCUCCGUCCUUCGCACAAUCGCCACCGCCUUCUUCCCCUUUGCGCUGUUUCUGGCCUUCAUUGCGAUGUCGCUGGUGGCGACAUUGCUGAGGACAAUGAAACUUAUAAAUUUCUUAAUCAAGGACCUGAUUUCUUUCUGGCACGUCUCCUUCCUCGCCAUCUUGUACAUUUCGUUCAUCGACAUGACACGCAACGCCUUGAAGGUCCUGGAUUGCGCCAAGGUGGAUGAGGAGGGUUUUGGCCCUCCCGGUCUGGCCACUGCCCUGCUCGAGUACUGGACCGAAGACACGGGUGUGGAGUGCUACAAGGGCAGGCAUUUAGCCCUCGUGUUGGCGCUCGCCAUUCCCACGCUAGCCCUGGUUUCCCUUGGCAUGCCCUUGUGGCUGUUGGCCACUCUUCGGUGGCGCAGGGGCCGCUUUGCGGGGUCCGCCCGAGGGGCCUAUGCGUUCAUAUACCAAUCGUACCGAGAUGAGUUUCUGUAUUGGGAGGUGGUCGUCAUGAUGAGAAAGGGGCUGCUGGCGGCAAUCACGGUCUUUAGAUUCUCACUGGGCACAACUUUGCAGGCCACUCUGGCUCUUAUCGUUUUGGAUGUGGCCGUUGUGCUUCAAUUGUGGGCAAGGCCUUUUGUCGCAAUGAAGCCAGACUUGAACCGGAUGGAGACAAUUUCCCUUCUCUCUUCCAUCCUGGUCUUCUUCGCCGGGAUCAUCCUCGAUGACCCAAACACAUCGACGGCAGGGGCGCUGGUUGUGUCUGUGCUCAUGACGGUGGCAGUUAUGGGUACAUUCCUGUACCUGCUGAUUGAAUUGGUGUCACAGCUGUUGAAGGGGUUUGACAGAGCACUGAUCAGCAGGGGGAUUCCGCUGUCCGCGGACAGUUCCGUUGUGUCGAGGAUUCGGGCUUUAGUCCAAUGCGGGCUCUCGUUUAUUAGCGGGAGAAUCAGCAAUGGUUUUCAGAGAGGGUCAAGGAGGAGAAGGGUGAUGGUGCAAAUGCAACGAAUGUCCACGUGGGAUUCAAAAAAUUGUUAG